AUGGCCAUGAAGCGCAAAUUCGACUUUGAUGCCACUGACGACUGCCCCCAGGUCGCCAAGCAACUCAAAAUGGUUCCCUUCCCCAACUAUGAACCUGACGUCGACGCUCUUAUGUCUGAAUCUCCUUCACUUGAUGCUGUCUCAUUUUUCCCUGAAAACUAUCAUACUCGUCUUCAUUCUACUGCCAGCUCGUCAAGUGGUUCGUCUCUAUAUUCGGAUGCUAUCGACCAUCAUUCUCCUCUCUACCCUCGUCUCGCCCAGGUCGCCGACUAUCAACCGGACAACUCCGACAAGGCCGUUGGGCUAUUACAACCUGCAAGUUCAUUCACUCACCAUGGCUCGCAUUGCUCACAAAUACCCAAGCUUCGUGUUGCCUGCUCCGCUGGUCCCGACGGCUCAAGGACAAUGUGGAGCUUUUGUGAACAAUGCGGCGCGAUUUCCAUGGUGGAUUCGGACUGA